CCGCGCAACCUGACAGCGCAUCCGCGUGCGCAGCUCCUCUGGGUAGCAUUCGUCUUCGUCCAGUGAAGCAGCGCGGCAGGAGUUGCAAGGUGGCACUGGCAGUAGUUUCGUUGAGUUAAACUGGAAGGCUGUGCAGUCAGGUUGGUGUACCCACACGGUGAGCUCCACAAGACCUGCUGAACGGGGGAGACAUGGAGGAGACGGGCGGUGCAAGUGCGUACGGGGUUUCGCUCGCGGGAGGAGGCUUCGACUUCUACAAGUUUGUCCGACAACCUCAAACCAUCGUGCGGAUACUCAGCUGGAUAUUUGCCCUGGUGGUGUUUGCUUCCAUCACAACAGAGGGAUACAUCAACUCUAGCCACAGUGCCAAGGCGACGUGCAUCUUCAACCAGAAUGACUCCGCAUGUCAUUACGCAAUAGGCAUCGGGGUGAUUGCCUUCCUGGCGUGUGUGGCCUUCCUGAUGUUGGACGCUUACUUGCCUUUUAUGAGCAACGCACGGGACAGGAAGUACGCUGUCAUGGCAGAUCUGGGAUUCUCAGGGGCGUGGAGCUUCCUGUGGUUUGUGUGUUUCUGCCUGUUGGCCAGUCAGUGGGCUAAAACUCAAGAUAUCAGCGGUAUCCCAGAGGACGCUGCGCGUGCCACUGUUACCUUCUCAUUCUUCUCCAUCGCCACUUGGGCAAUCCUGACCUACUUUGCGCUGGGCCGCUUUCGUCGCGGCGUUAACGAAGUUACCAUCCCAACCUACGUGGAGCCGCCACAAGAUCACAACAGCCCUUACCCUCCGACCUACGCCCCCACCUCCUACAACCCCACUACCUACAACCCCACUACCUACACCCCUACCACUUACGCAGCCUAUCCCAGCGGUGUGCCCGACAUGCACCAGCAGCCUCCCUUCCCCCCUAACCCCCAGCCGCAAGGAGACGCCGGCUACCAGCCGCCCAGCUACUGAGACAAAGGGACGAGGCGUGUUCCCGGUCAUCUGUUGGUACACUGAUUGUAGUUGCACUGCGCAGACACAGAGCUAUAUCAUAUUGAUGUGGUUUUACGUUUGAUGCAACACAUUUUUCCAUGUGUUGUCUGAUUUGAGAGCCUGAGCAGUGCAACUGCAAGUUAGAGAUGAGGGACGCUGCUGUUUACGUCAAAGCGUCUGAAGUCAGAUUUUAAGACAUCAGUCUGACUGUUGAGAUUAGCGCUGGGAAAUCUGACCUUAGUCCUGUGUGCAAAGAUACAACUUUUUUACCUCAAAUGGGCUGAUCCUGAAGGGGAGAGGUAGAUAAAAUGUAUCCAGGAGGUCAAAGGUCGUGUGUGUGUGUGUGUGUGUGUGUGUGUGUGUGUGUGUGUGUGUGUGUGUGUGUGU